AUGAAAAACAUUUUUCCAACACUCAAUGAUGUAUUCUUGAUUGCAGGAGUUUUAACUGCAGCUCCAUUGAAGUCCUCAAGAAGUGUGGUGAGAUGGUUGUCAGGUUCAGGUCAGGUGUCUUGGAGUCAUGUUUGGUCUAUCUCCGGUCUCGGUUGUUGGACUGUCUGGGGUUUUACUAUGGCCAGAGUUAAUAUGUUGCGAAUGGAUGUGAUUGAUGAUGAGAUGGAACUUGGGUUUUCAUGUCUAGAAUAUUUUGGGAAACCCAAGUUCAUUUCAAAAGGAGUGGUUGUCCCAGCAGAUUGGGAUAGAAUGAAGGAUUGA